AACGUUUCGUGUGUGGAUUUGGUCCGACCCACUCACAAUACGCCUGCGAAACAUCUGACCGCGAACACAGCUACGUUUCGUUAUCGACAAAUCUCACUUCGCACUGAUCUGAUUUGUUUUUGUCGUUAACCUGCAAUUUAUUUAGCGGCUUGAUAAAUAUAUAUUUAUAUAUAUAUAAAUAUAUAUAUAAAAAACGUUUUCUGCCUGUGGGCUUGUCUCCACGCGCGAGCUAUUUGACACGUUUAAUUUCCAUCUGAUAAUUAGUAGCUCUUUUAAUAAGGCUAAUUUAGCUUUCCUUAUUUAGUAGUUAUUUAAACGCGUCCCAAAUGCUUUUCUCGGGAACAUUUAGUACGUAAAUCGGACCUUAUUCACAACAUGUAGAUAAAUGCGCGUGCUUUUCUAUCGCCUUGUGCUUUCAAUUCCCUUUUCGUGUCUGACACUAAAACUAAACGGACCCGUUUCGUCUCAUAAUAACCAGAAGCAUGGAGCACACCGGCUGCGUCAACAUCUGCAGUCUCACCAGCACCUUACCGGUGAUCCCGUAUCGGAAACUAACGGACUUGCACUACAUCAGUAAAGGAGGUUUUGGGACCGUGUUCAAGGCGCAGCACAGUGACUGGCGCACAACAGUCGCGAUCAAGUGCUUGAAACUGGAUUCACCGGUUGGGGAAAGGGAAAGAAAUUGUUUACUAAAGGAAGCUGAGGUUCUUCACAAAGCUAGAUUCAACCAUAUCAUCCAGAUCUUUGGGGUGUGCAACGAGCCAGAGUUCUUCUGCAUUGUGACAGAGUACAUGACCAAUGGAUCACUUGAUGAACUGCUACAUGAGAAAGAUAUGUACCCAGUGGUAGCCUGGACUUUGAGACUUCGUAUUCUUUAUGAGAUUGCUCUUGGGGUCAACUUCCUCCACAAUAUGAUCCCACCACUUCUACACCAUGACCUAAAAACUCAGAACAUAUUGCUUGAUGGAGAGUACCAUGUCAAGAUAGCUGAUUUUGGCUUGUCUAAAUGGCGUCAGCUCUCUAUCACUAAAGGGUCUAGCUCAAAACCUGCCGAAAUGGGAGGCACCGUCAUCUAUAUGCCACCAGAGGAAUAUGAGCCCUCCAAGAACCGUCGAGCUGAUGUCAAAUAUGACAUGUACAGUUACGCCAUCAUCAUGUGGGAAGUGCUUUCGAGGCGGAUACCAUAUGAAGAGGCCACCAACCCCAUGCAGAUCAUGUUCAGUGUUUUGCGAGGAUCUCGGCCUGAUACCAGUCUGGAUAGUCUGCCGGCAGACAUACCCAGCAGAGAGACCCUCAUUAACCUCAUGACCUGCGGCUGGACCACCAACCCUGAUGAACGGCCUUCCUUCCUUAAUUGUCUUAUUGAGCUGGAGCCCAUGUUGAGAAGGUUUGAUGAGAUUGAUGUCCUAGAAGCAGUGCUGACAAUCAAACGGACGAAAUAUAUGAGGCCACCAAAUGGCUGCUCAUCAACUCAUACAAAUGGAAAAAGAAUGGAGGAAAAGACUGUGAAGGAGCUAAAUGUCCCCUGGCCAGACAACAGUUCCACGUCUGGAUCAGGCUCCUACUCUUCCCAGGAAGCAGAAAUGUCCCAUCCGGGCUUCCUUACUAUAUCAAGUCCCUCUCAAGGUCUCUCAGCUGCUCCGGGUGUACCAAAGUCAUCAUUAAUGUCCCUUCCACUGGAUUCUCCAAAGCCUCUGGUGGACCACUGCUCUCGGAACAACCUAAGCCCUGAGUACCCGACGGGCCAGCUUGGGUCUGACUUCAACAUACCCAUCAAACCACAUACGCCCCAGACUGAGAGCGACCUUGCUCUUGCCAUACAGCCACUCACCCUGCAGCCACAUCCACAAGAUCUACCUACAGCAUUGGACUCUCAAGGUCCUGUCGCUCGCUGGAUCGCAUCAAGACGAGAGGACGUUGUGCUGCAGAUGACAGAGGCGUGUCUCAACCAGAGUUUAGAUGCUUUGUUGGCCCGUGAGCUGCUCAUGCGCGAGGAUUACGAACUGGUUGUUAACCAACCCACACGUACCGCCAAAGUGCGUAAGCUUCUAGACACCUGCGAGCGGCAUAACGAGGAUUUCUGCCAUGUAGUGGUGCGUAAACUCCAGGACAACAAACAGAUGGGGCUCAAGCCCUACCCCGACCUCAGCACCAGCAGCCCUCCACCUCCCUAUAGCGACCACAGCUCCCCUUUUCUCUCCAACUCCUUCAACAACACUCGAAACAUCUUCUGACCUUCUCCUAAUCUGACCCUCAAUCACUGCUUUUGAACUGGAGAAAUGUGAGUCCUCUUUUCAGUUUAUGAUUCCGCUGAAGGACGGUUCAUGUUCACAUGUGCUUACAUUAUUUGUGCUGCUUAGCCUUUACUUUGUGGGUCAGGACAAGUCUUGGUGGUUGAGAGGUUGGUACUCGUGACACUUUGUAUGGUAUGAACUUUUGAACAGUUGAAUACUAUGGCCAGCUUUGGUCAAAUGACCGCUUUGCCAUGGCAAGAUAGACUUAAAUGGAUAUAGUUUAGUACAGCUCAUGUUGACUAUUAGGUGGAGGCAUUGGCUUAACUUGCCUACAUUCUUGAUGAUUGUGGCUGUCCCACAAUGUCAUGUUUAAACUUGAAUCCACCUUUCAAAAGAAUCUGGUUUCUGCUACCUUGAAAGCAGUGAAACACUUAAAAGUGUAGUUCCCUCAAAAAUAUUUGUCAUAAUUUACUCACCCUCAUGUUUUUGAUUUUCUUUCUCAUGUGGAACACAAAAGGAGACAUUUUAAUAAAUAUUCCGAUCCGUCUUUUCAAAUACAGUGGCAGUGGAUAUAGUGACUCAAUUUAAAGCUUUAAAGAGGACCCAAAAGUAUCAUAAAAAUGCUCAAUGCUGCAUAGUCAUACAGGUUUGGAACAACAUGGUGAGUAAAUAAUGACAUACUCUUUGGGUGAAUUAACCCUAUAAGGAAUAAAUCCUUUCUCAUCAUUAGCAUCUUCCAUGCCAGCACAUUUUAUAAAAACGUUCAGUCCUAUGAGGUAAUGACUUUCCACCCUUUAAGGGAACAUCAGCAUAGCUGUGCGGACUUGAAGAAAAUUGUGUGACUCAGCAGAUUCUGUCUUCCUUUAUGUAAAUCAGAGCUUGUUUUUCUCACAGUGAGACUCAAAAAAAAGUCUGGCGGUUUUGACAGUUGUUUGUGUUUGAUGUGAUGUCAGUAGGGGUGGGCAAUAUGACCAAAAUCUUAUAUCCCGAUAUGAGUCAUUUUUGUCACGAUAACGAUAUAUAUCACGAUAUACUAAACGUUUUCUGGACAAUCAAUAAAAAUUGGUAUAUAUAUUAAAUAACCAUAUUGUAAUGCCUAUUUUUGGAAAUAUUUGUAUUAUUAGCUUAUUAUUAUUCUAAGUGUUGCUCAAGAACCUUAAAAUCUUCUCAAAGCAAUGCAACAAAGAAAAUAAACACUUCUUGAAGAAAAUAAAUAUGAAGAAAAAUUCACUUUUUGCAAACCAAAUGAAUUAAUAAAUAAAUGACCGAAUUAAUAUGGAGUUCAUCUUUUGGCUUUCAUAAUAUUCAGAUUGCUUUUAUUACGAGUGAUUAUGGUCGUGCAAAUUAAUUUUUUCUGCACCCGUUUUAAUAAGAAGCUCCUCUUCAUUUUCUUGACCUGUUUGGGAGUGAUCCCGUUCUGUGGAGAUUUCUUUCCCCAUUUGGGGUUUUCCUGGGUCUAAAUCCCACGCGUGUGAUCAUGGUGUGAUUAUAGGCACAUAAGCACAUAACUGUUAAUCAGAAGGUCGCUGGUUCGAUCCCCACAGCCACCACCAUUGUGUCCUUGAGCAAGGCACUUAAAUCCAGGUUGCUCCGGCGGGAUUGUCCCUGUAAUAAGUGCACUGUAAGUCGCUUUGGACAAAAGCGUCUGCCAAAUGCAUAAAUGUAAAUGUGAUCAGGCUAUGAGCUCUCCUGUCUCUGGAGCACAAAUAUUGGAAAGCCUGCUGGACUCACGCACGCACCUCGGAGCUCCAGAGACAGCACGCACCACAGUCACUUGAAACAUUCACGUGUCAGUUGAGAAGAAUAGUUUGCACUUUUAAAUGCCGGUAAAACACUGUCCAUGUGUCUUAAAUUCUCUGUCUCACGUGAAGCCCUGCCCACUGAUAGUUAAGGCCAUGCUGUCCACGUGGAUAUUUACAUAUCGCGAUAUACACAAUAUAGCAAAAUCUCUAUCGAUUGACUCUUUAUAUCAUCGCCACAAUAUAUAUCGUCAUAUAGCCCAGCCCUAGUGUCCAGGUGACAGUGCAAUUUGUUAAACAGUGUACAGAAACAGCUCACUUUCAUAAUAGUUUCUUCAGAGUUCUCUUUUAGGCUUUUAUAUCAGCUCCUUUUGGUUCAGUCUGUCGGCAUCAGCAGUAAAUUGGAGAAUUGACCACUCUUGUUUUCCAAAAGUAAUCUUUACCAGCUUAUCAUCAGAAAAGUUUGAUAUUGAGACAAUGUGAUGUGUCAGUCUUUCCUUGCUUUACAUGUUUUGGUAGUACUGUAGCAUUCUGUUCAUAAGCAAUACUAUACUGCAGAUACAAUGAAGUGGACUAUAUAAUGGAACGUAGUCUGGCCAAGGUCAACUUUGUAUUUGCAAAACCACACCCCAGUUAAAUUUUGCCAUUCUCAAAGCUUCAAGCAUUAAUUUAUUAAAGCAGGUAAGAAGUUUGCCUCACCUACCAAUCUUAUCGGGCGUAUACUUGGUCAUAAUUAGUCAUAAGUAUUGUGUCAUCUCUGCAGAAUGGUGAGUCCCACAGAAUGGUGAGUCCCACAGAAUGGUGAGUCCCACAAAAACAUUUGAAAAUCAAAAGAAAAUGUUACAUGUUUUUAGUCAUUAUGCAAAUGCAGCUUUUACCUUUUUUAAGGUGUUUUUUUUUUUUAUUGGGACUUUUACCUGACAUUAGUUGUCAUUAAAAUAAUGUCACAAUGCAGAAAAUCUUAAUGGUCCUAAAAUAGCCUCCAUUUUUGUCAAAUGUAAUUUUGCAUCAUUUUCUUUUGAUUUUGAUGUGAAAUAUGGCAUUGACAUGUUCUUGACCAGUUGCAUAAGAUUCACCCAGCCUGAUAUGCACUGUAUUUAAUGCGGUAGCCUGUGCCACUGACUCCAUAUGUAGAACAGUUUACAGCACUUUCCAUACAUGUAAUAGACUUAAGCAUUAAGAAACUAUAUGAAAUAUACAGAGGUUACAUCACCACAGCUGGGUACAUUUUCAAAAAGUCUUCUUGACGCGUUUAUCAAGGAACUCAAGAACAAGUAAUACCUGACAAACGUUUUUGCUACUGUUUAUACAACACAGUUGCAUGUUCAGACCAGCAGUUUUCCACUUUGGUUCUUGAAGAUUUGAUUCAAAAUGAAUAUGCUUCCGUUAAGUCUCAUGCCAAGUGUUAUUAAGUUAAAAGUUAUUUUAGAAACAAGCAAUGCCCUGAGUUGGCACUGUAAAUACAGGCUCUACUUAUCUUUAAGCAGAGCACAAAUAUAAAUUCCUGAUAAUUAAUUAUAUUUGAGACUGCUUUGAUUUUCAUUUUGUCGUGUCAACUCAAAACACAGUCUACAGACUGAGCCAACCUUAUGCUUUUAUGAAUCAAGUCUUCGAGAAACGUUUGGCCUUUUCAGUCUUUUUUUUUUUUUUUCAGUGUUGAAUUCAUUAAAAAGGCUUUGAAAUUCCUGUGAUAUUGAUUUUUGCACGAUGCUUCGCUGUAGAUGAUCCCUCUGGGCAAACAGAGUCAGUUUUAGAGACCUUUUGUAAGCUGCAAUUUUGGGCUUUGGAUUUCCUUCGGUCUAAUGCAGAGACAAUGGUAGAAACUGAGUCAUGGUGUCAAAAGACACCAGUCUUGUCUUUUGUUGAUCAGUUGUUUUCAUUGAAUUAGAUCUCUAGGAAUUACUUUUUUUAUUACAGAUAUUAUUAUUAUUGUAUUAUUUUUUGGUACCAGUUACAAUCAAGAGUGUGUACAAACUGUUCUUGUUUUGAAUAUUUAUUUAUAGAGUCAUGGCUAACUUUUAGUGAUUAUUGACAUGUAUCUUUAAUGUUUUUUAAUAGGCUAUUGUAUUUUUCCAUAUAGCUUUUCAUUUGAACAUGUCAUUAUAAUGUUUCAAAGUGCUGUGCCUCUGAAUGGCCGAAACAGCCUGUAAUGGUCUGGGUGCAGACGACGCUGCGUGUUAACACUUUCAGUCAUAUCACAUUUUUAAAUGUUAUUUAAAAUCACACCAGUUACCAUUUUAGUUGCAAUGUCUGUACUGCUGAUAUCUACCAGUGUUCAUUCUUGCCUUUGAGCUGUUAGAUUGACGACAAAUGUCUUGUCAUCAAAAAUGAAAUAUAAAAAGACAAUAAUGUAUAGCUUAUGUAGCAGUGUACAAGUAGCAGUUCUCUGGUUCUAUGUGAUGAGGGACUUCCACAAAUGUUAAACGUUGAAGUGUUAUUAAAAUGUGUAGAAUUUCCUGAAUAUGUUUGUGUGUUGUCUUAUUUUGUGUUACUUGAUGCGCUCUGAACUCUGCCAGAACUCCGUGUACACAAUAACAGGUACUAUUACAG